UGCAUCCACUCUGAGGACGAGGUUUCGCGCAGACCGGACGAAGGAGCCGGGAUCUUCUGGAAAAGAAAUGGAGUCAAGAUUCCGUCAGUGGGGAACGUCCUCACGGUGGCGCUAAAGGAGACGUCAGGGCGAGGGAAUUACAGCUGCCACGACGAAGACGGAUCCUUCCUCAACCACACCGAGGUCCUCAUCCUCGAAGACAACGGCAAGAAGAUGAGGAUCCUCGAGCCAGAUCACAUAAACUGCUCCGCCUCGAACUACAGCGGCAGAUUUCAGUGCUUCUGGACCUGGGAUUCCCUUCGUGUCGGGAAAGUGGCUCUGGUCAGAGUUGGACGUCACAAUGAUCCCAAUGACCUGCGCUGCUCUGAGGACGCCGAGGGCAAACAGUGGACGUGUGUCUCCAGCACCAGUAACAUCAGCUGCUCCGUGGACCCCAGUGGAAACAGCAUCUCCUGCAUCGACGACCAGCAGUGCCCCUACGCCGAGGAAGUCAACGUCAUCCGAAUCACUGUCUAUUUGGUCUACGACUCCCUGUUGGAGAACUAUUCCAAAAGCUUCUAUCUGUCUGAGAUCGUGAAACCUGGCAACGUGCGAAUCACUAAAGUCAACAAAAAAGCCAUCGAGUGGACGUAUCCGGAGUCGUGGGCCAGUCCUAACUCCUACUUUCCUCUCACUUUUGAAAUCGCACAGCUCUCAAAAAGAAGCUCUUGUGACUUCCUGAAACAUCAGGACAAAAACGAGAAGAUUCAAAUGGUGAACUGCACCGACAGCUGUUGGGCUAAACUUAACCGCAGAACCACGACGGUGUGUUUCAGAGCCAAAGACGCUCUUUCAAACUCAGAGUGGAGCGAGUGGAGCCCUGAGAGGUCGAAUCGAGCAAGAAAGAAAGAAAAGCAAGUGGAGAACUCGGAGCUCAAGUACUUCUCAGUCGGCUGCAUUCUGAAGAAGAAGGUUUAA